AUGUCCCACUAUCCAUAUGGCUAUGGCUUCCAGGGCCAGCAGCCGCCCCAGCAACAAUACCCUUACCAGCCCUAUGGUGCCUACCCUACUCCAGGCUAUGGCGCACAACCUCGUCCUCAACAACAGCCCCCGCCUGCGACAGGCGACUACUACACUGCAACGCAGUCUGCUUACGACUACAAUGCGAACAACAUUCCCGGCCUCGGCACACCGUUGACAGCCCCUCAGUUCCCUGUUCCCUUUGGCGGGCAAUGGGAUCAGGGUGGCUAUGCGGCAUCCGCCCCGCCAGCCGCUUACCCUGCGUACAAUGCCUCGACUUUUGUCCCUAUGCCACCUGCUCCGCCGUCUCAAGCGCAAUCUCAGGCCCGCGUACCGCCGUCACAAGAGCUGCAACCGAAGCCGCAGUACAGACCAGAUUCUGCGCGUCCACAAAGCAAGACGCAGCCAAAGGAGGAGCAGUUGAAGGAGCAGUCGAGGCAGCCGCUGAAAGAUGUCGACUCUCAGGACGAAGGUGAGAUCAGCGAUGGCGAGUUCGACGACCUCUACGAAGAUGUCUAUGACCAGCCGGUCGUGCCGCCAAAGACCAAAACAGUAUCCCCGGUGUCCUCCGAGGACCCCGCUACAAGCAAUAAGCCACCUGGCGGUGAGGUUCCGAGAGAGCAAGAGCCAACGCGCGCAGAGCGUGAACGCUCACGGUCAUAUUCUCCGUACCUGUCGCCUAGGGAGAUCGAACAGGAAGACCCAAAGCUACAAGUCAGGGCAGAAGACCCACAAGGACCUACUCAGGUGCAGAAUAACUCGACUGGUAACGAUUCCAUCGCUGUCUCGUCUGCUGGCAGUUCUCCAGACGUUCAAAAGCAGGUCAUAUCCACCGAUCAAAGCAAAGAAAACAAUGAUGCCAUGGGCCAUACAGCCCCAGGUGCAAUUGCUUCGCAGAUUUUCAGGAGCCUGCCCGAAGCUCAGAAUGAAGCUAAGAAGGCGAUCCUUCGAUUGUUGCCUCAUGGUGUCAAAUACCAGACAUAUCUCGAUGAGGGCUUUGACGAAAAGGUGAUGAAAGAACUCUUCACCCAACUGAAUCUUGCCCCUGUGACUACCGAUUCUGCACCAUCUGGGAAGCCUGCAGAAAUACAAGAGCACAAAACCCAGGACCAGGUUGCGAAGCCAUCUCAGGCUGCUCAAGCAGACGCUAUGGCAAAGAAGCAAGAGGAGCGCAAAGACAAGAUCGCUCGGCUUUUGGCUGAGAAGAAAGCAAAGGCCGCGGCGGAGGCCACCACAGAACCCAAAGCUCCCUCGGCAACCACAUCUACCGGUGCUUCGACGCCUUCGACGACACCUGCAACGAAACCCACCACCCAAGCGCAGAAGACUUUACUUCUGCAGCAGAAGAUGGAGGCUUUGCGCAAGGCACGAGAGGCUCGGACCCAGCAAGCUAGCCAGAAGCCUUCUUUGCCCAAUGCGCCGAAAAACGAUUUUACCCAGAAGCUCUCCCCAGUACUUCCAACGCCAGGGCCGACAAUGGCAGCGCAGACAUCGGGUGCAUCAGAUCCUACUGCCCAGGUUGGCACACCGUCAGGAACGCUACCUGGGCCUCAAGACCGUUCACGGCAAAAUUCAGGCUUCCAGAGCCCAGUUCCACCUGGAUUGUCAAACAAGCCGAUUAACCAGAGGAAGCGCCCUGUAGCAGCCGACUUUGUGGAUUACCCGACAAAGAUUGUCAAACGGCCCUUUCUCCCUAGCCGGCAAGCCUCUUCAUUGGUCAUCAGUGUUAGCGAUGAUGAAGAUGAAGACGACGAUAUCGAUAUGGAAGUGGAUUCGCCUAUCGAGGACUCUCCUGCACCGACACAGCCAACCUUCAAUCUUCCCCGGAGAGGGCCCUCAGUCCGCGACUACCCUCCACUCACAAAUGCUGGUCCGCCACGACACCUAUCCAGUCCCGCGCCCGGGACACCAGGUGGGAAAGCCCCCACUGUUGACUUGAAAGCUAUGGAGAAAGCAAUUGCAGAUUAUAAACGCAAGAUUCAGGAGGCAGAGGCUCGAGCCAAGGUCAAGCCCAGCACCGGUUCUUCAACCCCUCAGUCGCCUAGUGCUGGAGGCGCGACACCCACAGAGCAAGCUAUGAGGCCCGUGGUACAACGCGUAGUAUCUACCAGCGAUGUGGACGAUAAGAAUGGCCCAUCCGCUCAGCUACUACAAGAAGCUGAGGCGGCAAAGACCACAAAGCCCCAUGUCUUUUCACCCCCUGGUGGGCACGCUAAGAUUGAGCGUCGGGUGAGAAAAGCAAGCGCUCAGUCCCCCCGACUCUCAACUAAGCUCCAGGAUAAGAUCGCUGAACUGAAGCGGAUGGAAGAGGAAAGGAGGCGAUUGCAGGCCGAAAUUGACGCCGAGCUGGCUCAGCAACAGGGCAUGGAGGAAGAAGACAUGGAAGAGGACAUGGAUGAGCUCGGUUCUGACUCCGCCGGAGAUCACGUUUCGGAGAACAUGCCUCCAGACAAACCUACCACCUCUAGUGAUGAGUCAGUUCAGGAUGAAGCGGGGCAGACUGCUCACGACGGCCCCUUGCAGUCGAUGCCCAUGGACCUAGAGUCCAUGUCCGGGAAGUCAGACUCGGAAGCGGAGCCUUCUACAUCCGCAUCCUUGGCUCUAGCGUCAGCUGCUCUUGACGAGACGGGGAGCAAUCCGUUAUACUCUUCAGACCCCGAUCUUGCCGGUGAUGCUUCUCAACUCCCGGCCAGUCAGCCGGCAGAAGUGUUGGCCGCCAUCGCAACAUCUGCGCCCACCGAGGAGCAUGCGGUAGCUGUCGCCGACAGUAACACGUCUGAUGAUUAUGAGCCCCCAGAUGCGGCAGGCAAUGACCGCAACAUGAACGACUCCCCGCCAUUCAGCCCUGCUCCCGCCGAGAAUAUUCGCAAUGCGGACGCCCCAGGCGGCGGGUCUCAAGAGACUGCUCCGCCUUUGGCCAUGCCUACCCAGAUUUCGACUGCCACGAUACCCAGCGAUGACCCGACGAUCGAAGCGCGUGCGGACUUUUUCGCGCACCCUUCAGCGCGCACCGCAGACGUCUCCGGAGAAGAUGCCCACGAAUCUGUCCCAGCCGAGCAGACCUUCUUCACCGAUUACGAGAGCCCUUUGCGAUAUUACCAUGCUUUCCGAUUCCACCCCAGAUACAAUGAUAAGAUUAUUCUGGAGCUCGGCAGCUCAGACGACUUGGCGGGAGACCAGAAGAAAACAUUCAACAACGGGCUUAGAGAGUUGGUUGCGUCCUUCCAAAAGUCCAAGAUUCGAGACUUCAAGACCAUCGCCCAAGGGAUCGUCGAGUUCCGCCGCCGUUUCCUUGGCGACUCUUCCAGGGUUCUUCACCUUGAAGGCGUCAGCAUCUGA